AUGCGUGAGGCCAUCUGCAUCCACAUUGGUCAGGGAGGCGUCCAGAUCGGCAAUGCUUGCUGGGAGCUCUUCUGCCUUGAGCAUGGCAUCCAGCCUGAUGGCCAGAUGCCCAGCGACAAGACCAUCGGCGGAGGUGAUGAUGCCUUCAACACGUUCUUCUCGGAGACCGGAGCCGGAAAGCACGUCCCGCGCUGCGUGAUGGUCGACCUCGAGCCCACCGUCGUGGAUGAGGUCCGCACUGGCACAUAUCGUCAGCUCUUCCAUCCUGAGCAGCUGAUCUCAGGAAAAGAGGACGCGGCCAAUAAUUUUGCACGCGGGCAUUACACCAUCGGGAAGGAGAUUGUUGACCUGGUCCUCGACAGGAUUCGGAAACUGGCCGACAAUUGCACGGGUUUGCAGGGGUUCUGUGUGUACAACGCUUGUGGCGGUGGCACUGGCUCUGGCCUUGGCUGCCUGAUGUUGGAGCGUCUUUCGGUGGAUUAUGGAAAAAAGAGCAAGAUCUCUUUCACGGUUUGGUGCUGCCCGCAGGUGGCAACAGCUGUCGUGGAACCAUAUAACACCGUGUUGUGUGUCCAUUCCUUGCUUGAGCACACAGAUGUGACCAUCAUGUACGACAACGAAGCGCUUUACGACAUUUGUCGGCGCAAUUUGGACAUCGAGCGUCCAACCUACACCAACCUGAACAGGUUGAUUGCGCAGAUCAUCUCCUCGUUGACGGCUUCGCUCCGCUUCGAUGGUGCACUCAACGUGGAUAUCACUGAGUUCCAGACCAAUUUGGUCCCUUACCCCAGGAUCCACUUCAUGUUGACCUCCUACGCCCCGGUGAUCAGUGCCGAGAAGGCCUACCACGAGCAGCUCUCGGUGGCCGAGAUCACCAUGAGCGUCUUCGAGCCGGCCUCGAUGAUGGUGAAGUGCGACCCACGCCACGGGAAGUACAUGGCCUGCUGCAUGAUGUAUCGAGGAGACGUGGUGCCAAAGGAUGUGAACGCAGCAGUGGCUACCAUCAAGACCAAGCGCACCAUCCAGUUUGUGGACUGGUGUCCCACUGGCUUCAAGUGUGGCAUCAACUACCAGCCUCCCACGGUGGUGCCGGGCGGAGAUCUGGCCAAGGUCAUGCGAGCCUGCUGCAUGAUCUCCAACUCCACGGCCAUUGCGGAGGUCUUCUCUCGCAUUGACCACAAGUUCGACCUCAUGUAUUCCAAGCGAGCCUUCGUGCAUCACUACGUGGGUGAGGGCAUGGAAGAGGGCGAGUUCUCGGAAGCACGAGAGGACUUGGCGGCAUUGGAAAAGGAUUACGAAGAAGUGGGCAUCGAAACAGCCGAAGGCCAGGCUAUGGCGAUGAGUUCUGAGUCUCACGCCACCAGUGACGCACGUCGGCGCCAGCAACACGGGCAUCGACGCGAAGCGGUGGCGAUUCACGUGCUGGGUCACUGCAAAACCCAGUCGUGGGUCACUCCGCAUGCCUGCAAACAGUGCUCUUUUGGCGCUGUGGAAUUCGGCAAAAAAGAACAUCAGGGCGGAGUGCUUUUUGCGCCGGGCUGUGAGCAUCGCCCUCGCCCCCCUCCUCGCCCCUCGCCGGCCUUGAUCUUUCCGGUGCCUUCGGUGCUUCAGGUGCUCAUCCCCACCUGGUUUGGCUUCGCCUUUGCUGGCAUGAUCAUGUUCGGGCGACGGAUGCAGGCCUUCUCCACUCCCUUGACGGGAUUUGCGAUGUGCCUACAACUGGCCAUGGAGGGUGAAUACGACUGGCAAGGGAUGUCCUCAGAGGACUGGUUUAUCACUUUGCUGUGGGUCUGGAUCUACAUGGUUCUUCUGGUCAUGGUCAUGUUGAACAUGGUCCUCGCCAUCAUCAUGGACGUCUAUGCUGAGGUUCGACGAGAACAGGGCGAGACCAUGUCCAUGUUCGAGCACUGCACAUACCUUUGCAAGAGAGCCUACUACUUCAAGACUUGGGUGCCUGACCGUGAACUGUGGGAACGUGUCAUUGAGAUGCCAGAGACUGUGACGGUGGAUGACAUCUUAGAGGCAUACCCCGACAUGCCGCAAUUCCAGCUGAACUUCCUCUGCAACGGCGCUCGAAACCGCACCAGAGUGAUUCAGCGGAAGGGCAUCCACCCCACCUGGACUGUGCAGAUGGUGGCGGCCAUCCAUAUCAGUCUCGACGAGAUCAUGACGGACCUCAACAAGCUCAAGAAGCGCGGCUGGAUGGGCAAAGGCUUCGAGGUGCCGAAUGACGAGGAUCGGAACUGCAUCAAGGAAAUCUUGGCGGGUGUGGCGGUGCAAGGCAACUGGAUGUUGAACGCACAAAAGCACGUGUCGUGGCUCCAGGAUCAGAUCGGCGUCGACGCCCCGGAGGAGUGGAAACCCUCCGGACCGGUGGAGGUCCCGGCGCCCAAAGCCCGACAAGGUAACGACUGA